UUCCACUUACUCUGCCAUUUUCAAUGCAAAAUGUUCUCUGACUUUUUCUCUUUCUUGGUGAAAACAUCCUUAAACAUUUUGAACCUCUCCCUGCUUAUUGAUGUUUCACCCAAUGGAGCAAAGCGCCAAACUCUCCCUGUUCCCCGUUCUUCACCUCAAAAGAUCCAUGCUUUCUCUACUCUUCUCCCUACCCACUUCAUUCUUCGCCUUCCUCUUUCUCCUUCUCUUCUCCUACAACGCUUUCAGCGUCUUCUCUCUCCAUCAAUCUCCUCCCCCUGUCUCUGCUCCAACGCUCCUCAAUCUCUCUUCUUCCGCCAAUUCACCUCUCUUCAAGAACCCCCAUUCGCCUCUUCUUCCAAACUCUACCCAAAGCCUUUCCCUUUCCACUCAAAGGGCCAAAAGAGUGAAGAAGCACAAGCGUGGCCUUAGAAGUUUGCGCUCAGAACCUCGCUCCCCCGUUUCACUUUUUCAUUCUAGACUCAGAGCAUUCUUCAACACUUCUUCAUGCCAGAUGAGGUUCUUCAUGACUUGGAUUUCUCCCUUGAAAUCUUUUGGUGAGAGGGAGUUGGUCUCUAUAGAGAGCUUGUUCAAGUCUCACCCUGAUGCUUGUCUGGUCAUAGUGUCAAAGUCCCUUGAUUCUCACGCUGGAACGCGAAUUCUGAAACCGUUUGUGAGUAAUGGCUUCAGGGUCAUGGCCAUUGCUCCAGAUUUUGGCUACAUAUUCAAGGACACACAUGCUGAAUUAUGGUUUAACCGUUUGAAGGAAGGGAAUGUGAAUCCUGGUGAGGUCUCUUUGGGACAAAACCUCUCCAAUUUGCUUAGACUUGUUCUGUUGUACAAGUUUGGAGGCACUUACAUCGACUUGGAUAUCAUAGUCUUGAAGAGUUUCUCCAAGCUGAGAAACACCAUUGGGGCACAGAACUUCGAUGUUAGAACCGGCAAGUGGAGCCGCUUGAACAAUGCAGUCUUGAUAUUUGACAAGAAGCACCCUUUGCUUUUCAAGUUCAUCGAGGAGUUUGCACUCACCUUUGAUGGGAACAAGUGGGGUCAUAAUGGUCCUUACCUGAUCUCAAGGGUAGUGUCCAGGGUGAAUGAGAGACCGGGUUUCAAUUUCACCGUGCUCCCUCCUUCUGCGUUUUAUCCUGUGGAUUGGAGAGGGAUUAGAGGUUUGUUUAGAGAUGAGAUUCCUUCCAAAUGGUUGGUCAAUAAAAUGAAGCAAAUUCGCAAAGAAAGCUUUGCAGUGCACUUGUGGAACAAGCAUACUAGGGAACUUAAAGUAGUUAAGGGAAGCAUUGUGGAUAGUAUAAUUUCUAGUUCUUGUAUCUUCUGCAACACUUAGCUUUGAAGUUUGUAGUUUUUAAUUUUGUUAUUAAAGAUUGUAAUUAGUGAAUUAGA